AUGAGCUCCUCCGAUGAGGAUGACUUUGCGGAACUCCGGGUGUACUUCACUAAACUGGAGUGGGCUCGCCUGGAGAGCUGUGAGAAGUCGCGGUACAGAAACAUGAAGAGGAACCACGAGUUCAUGAUUUCUAUAGGGUUAAAUUCCACCGUUCCUACCUUUAUGAGACGAGGCAGGGCAAGGAGAGCGCCCCCUGUUGAUAGCAGUGACUCAGAGGAAGAGUGGACACCCAGCUUAGGAAGAAGGCCCGCAGAGAUGCUGAGGAGAGAGGGGUUGAAAGAGCAGACUACAGAGCUGAACGGUCACAGUGAGGGAAGAACUCUGCGCAGUAGACCAAGAAUCAGCUACACUGAGGAGGAGGAGCCCAAAGACGAAGAUUACCUCUACUGUGAGGAUUGCCGGUCUUUCUUCAUCAGUGAGUGUGAGGUGCAUGGCCCCCCCACAUUCAUCCCUGACAUCCCUGUGCCCAUGGGGGUCACAGACAGAGCCAGACGCACCCUUCCCUCAGGACUGGAGGUCAGGAGGUCAAGCAUCCCAAACGCAGGGCUGGGAGUGUUUAACCAGGGUGACACUGUACCCAGAGGGACACACUUUGGCCCCUACCAAGGCCAGCUGUCUGACAGAGGGGAGGCUGUGGACAGUGGAUACUCCUGGGUGAUCUUCAGGAGCAGGCUGCCUGAUGAGUACAUCGACGCAAAGAGAGAGACUCACUCCAACUGGAUGAGGUAUGUGAAUUGUGCCCGUAAUGAUGAGGAGCAGAAUCUCGUGGCAUUCCAGUACAGAGGCGGCAUUUUGUACCGCUGCUGCAGACCCAUCGUUCCAGGAGAGGAGCUGCUGGUCUGGUACGGGGAGGAAUAUGCCAAGGACCUGGGCAUCACCUUUGACUAUCUCUGGGACAGGAAAUGCUCUUCUGCUGAAGACAAAUCAUCUCACGUGUUCUCCUGCAGUCUGUGUCCGUUUUCUUACACAGCACAAAUUUACCUCCACAAACACAUCAAAAGAUGCCAUCAUGUGGAGUACGCCAGGCUGCUAAAGACUGGACAGAUCAGAGCAGAGGAUCUGAUAUCCUCCAAAAAACCAAACACACAAAGAUCUUCCUCCGAUAUUAUCUUUGCUUCAGUACAGUCUGCAUCCCUCACACCGAGACAGAGAAAGACGGGGACAAAAAGAACUCACCACUGCUCCCAGUGUGGGAAGAGCUUCAGUCAGUUAUCAAGUCUCACAACACACCAGCGCACUCACACAGGGGAAAGGCCGUACCACUGCUCCCAGUGUGGGAAGAGCUUCAGUCAGUUAUCAAAUCUCACAACACACCAGCGCACUCACACAGGGGAAAGGCCGUACCACUGCUCCCAGUGUGGGAAGAGCUUCAGUCAGUUAUCAAGUCUCACAAGACACCAGCGCACUCACACAGGGGAAAGGCCGUACCACUGCUCCCAGUGUGGGAAGAGCUUCAGUUUUUUAUCAAGUCUCACAAAACACCAGCGCACUCACACAGGGGAAAGGCCGUACCACUGCUCCCAGUGUGGGAAGAGCUUCAGUUUUUUAUCAAGUCUCACAACACACCAGCGCACUCACACAGGGGAAAGGCCGUACCACUGCUCCCAGUGUGGGAAGAGCUUCAGUCAGUUAUCAGAUCUCACAACACACCAGCGCACUCACACAGGGGAAAGGCCGUACCACUGCUCCCAGUGUGGGAAGAGCUUCAGUCAGUUAUCAAGUCUCACAAGACACCAGCGCACUCACACAGGGGAAAGGCCGUACCACUGCUCCCAGUGUGGGAAGAGCUUCAGUCAGUUAUCAGAUCUCACAACACACCAGCGCACUCACACAGGGGAAAGGCCGUACCACUGCUCCCAGUGUGGGAAGAGCUUCAGUCGGUUACGGAACCUUAAGACCCACAGGCGACACACCGGUGAAGAGUGCCUCCCCUGUCCGCAGUGCGGCAAGAGUUUUCCCUCGUUGCAGUUCCUGAGGAGUCAUGAGAAGACCCACAGCGGGGAAAAGCCAUACCGCUGCCGGAGCUGCAGUCGCAGCUUCACGUUUCUGGGAGGUUUAAAAGCCCACGAGGUGGUUCACUCAGCCGAGAGGCCGCACGCCUGCACUCAGUGUCAGAAAGCCUUCUCCACCGCUCAGAAUCUGAAGAAACACCAGGUGGUUCACUCGGGUGAGAGACCUUACGUGUGUACGCAGUGCGGGAGGAGAUUCGCCCGUAUAGGCUCUGUGACGAGUCACAUGAAGACACACACUGGAGAGAGGCCACACCAGUGUUCCCACUGUGGGAAAAUGUUUAGGCAGAUCUCCCACCUCAUUAAUCACCAGAGAACCCACACCGGGGAAAAGCCAUAUCUCUGCACUGUCUGUGGGAAGGGUUUCUCAGAAUCAGGACACUUAAAGAUUCACCAGAGAAAGCACACUGGGGAGAGACCGUGCAAGUGCUCCCAGUGUGGCAAGAGUUUUGUUCGAACGUCAGGUCUGAGUCUCCAUAUGAGAACGCACACGGGAGAGAGGCCAUAUCAGUGCUCAGACUGUGGCAAGAGAUUUGGGCGUGCAGAUGUUUUUAAAACCCAUCUGCGAAUGCACACAGGAGAGAAGCCAUACCACUGUUCUUUAUGUGGAGAAGAUUUCAAAUACUUAGGUGGCCUCAUAUCACACAAGAAGAAACAUGUCAAAGUCACAGAUACUAGUCCACAAGUCUUUGAAUCUGAUCUAGUUUCCAGUCCGUGUGAAUAG